AUGGUAAGCACAGUUCAAGUUCGGGGGCAGGGAGUUUGCUUUGUUUGGUUUGCGAAAGCAAAAACGAGCCCUUGGCCGCCGGCACACACAAACCCCCACGCGUGUACUGCAGCUACUGAACGCUCAGUUCAACCCCAAAGGCGACCCGGGCAGGAAGUCCAGGGGGAGAACCAACACCCUCCGCCAAGCUUUGUGCGGCCUCUCUUUUCUCCUCCCGCGCCUCGCGGACAGGGCCGCUACCCUCCCCCGUACUUCACCCUGCCUGCACCCCUCGGGGGGGGGGGCGAAAUCCGCCCUCCCCUCAACAGCCCGCUCACCUGGCGGCACCGUCACGGCCGCUGCCCCACACCAUUAAAUGAUCACCAAGAGUCGCCCGCCCGCGGGACCCCCUGCCCUCAGGUCUCUUCUCCCCGAAACGGCCACGCACCUCCAGAGUGGCCGCGAAAGGCUCCCCGGCGAGCAGGGAAGAGCGGCCCGGGCAGCAGCGGACCUACCGAUCAGCCUGGAGACGCCGUUCGUGCAUGCAGGGCUGUGAUAGCACCGAAGAGCCCAGAUCUUCGCUGUUCCGCGCAGCAGCGCUCGCGUACGCUUGUAGUCGGCGCCUGUAAGGGAGAACGGGGAGGGAGUCAGAAUGAAGCAGCAUCUCCUCCCGCACCAGCCGCCAGCCCCGGCGCGGAGAGGGCGGGAACGGCGGCGCGGCGUUCCCCGCCCCGCGGCUCCCUCCCUCUUUCCCUCCUUUCUUCCCUGCCCCUGUGCAUGGCCGGCCCACUGCAAGCAGCCCCACUCCGACCCGGGUACCCACCGCCGCGGAGCCGCCCGGCCCUCCCGCUCCGCACUCGGCUCCGCCGGCCGCUGCCCCCUCAGGGCCGCCAGCAGCGCGGGGAGGCGGCUACGUAG